UUCACUAAGAGAACAAUAAGAGAAGAAUAAAAACAAAACGUGCAACCGGCUAACGAAAUGCCGCCAAAGUCAAGCAGCAAGAAAAAUCAGGCCAGUUGGUUCCACUGCGAGUCCUGUGGGGUGCACAUUCCUUCCAAGGCAAGGGACAACCAUGAGGGCUCUUGUUCCGCCAUCAGCCAGGAUGAUUUGAGCCAAGAUAAUGAGGCGGAGUUUGUGCGAAGUGGGACGAUCUUUACGAGAAGCCUCCAACAGAAGAACUUUGAGGUGGAAUCACUAAAGGAUCUGCCUGCCAAGUAUGCCAAUAUGCUGGUCUUUGUUUCAGAGGGCGCGAUACAGUUGGCUCAAUUGCACAUUGGCCAACAUGUGGUGCUGGAGGCUCCUUCCACCGAGGAACAGCCCCUUGUGAGGAUUUUGUGGCCGAUAUCGGAAAAUUUCCUCACCACAGUGUUCGUGAGCGAAAAGGAUUUCAAGUUGCAUUGCACGCAGUUCCGUGGAAAGCUCCUAAAAAUAUCUGCCUUGGAUCCUAAUCGCCUCACAGCGGCUGCCAGCGUUUCCCUAAAGCAUCUUAACAGCCAAGAGGUCCCUUUAAACACAGGACAGCUACAGGAGGCCAUUGCCCUUCUUAAAAGAGACAUGGUCAAUGGAGUCUUUUGCAGAAACCAGCAAAUCCACAUGAAUUUCUUUAACAAAUCUCUGACCUUUCGCUUGGAACGAUGGCAGGGCACCGUAGAAGAUGCUCUGGCCGGUCUGAGCUUGGAUCCCACACCACUGCAGUUUGUGCAGGUUACCAACGUAACAAAGCUUCAACUGUUACCCGAAAACUCAAACGAGCAACAGAAGCAGCAGAAGAUUAGUUAUAAGAUAACCAAAUCCCAAAUUGGAGGAUUGGAUAGGCAAUUGCAGCUUGUGGAGGAGACUAUGGAAUAUGCUUUGGGCUUUCGGCCACUACCUGCAGGCCUCCGGGUAUCUCGUGGAAUGCUUUUAUACGGCGCCACUGGCUGUGGCAAGUCCAUGAUCCUGGAAGCUAUGUCUGCAGUGGCGGAGGAACGCAGUCAAGAAAAUGUCCAACUAAUCCGCAUCAACAGUGGCGAGGUCUACAGCAAAUUCUUGGGUGAAACGGAACAAAAACUAGCGGCAAUUUUCGAAAAAGCCUAUAAUCACUAUCCUCAUCCCACUCUGCUGCUGAUCGAGGAUGUUCACAACUUGUGUCCCAAACAGGAGGGUGGCGAUCUGGUCAAACGCGUCACGUUGGCCUUUCUCUCGCUGCUGGAUCAGCUGAGUAAUCCCAGCCAGCUAAAGGGAAGCAGAACCUUUCUGCUAGCCACUAGUUCACAAAUUGAGGCACUGCAUCCGAGCAUUCGAAGAGCUGGUCGGUUGGACAGUGAACUGGAAUUGGGUGCACCAAGUCCGCAGGCAAGGCGAGAUAUCAUUCGCUGCCUUGUUCAGUCCUUGGAGCACCAGUUAACUGAUGAGGAAGUGGAGCAAAUAGCAUCUAUUACUCAUGGCUAUGUGGGAGCAGAUCUGGCAACUCUUGUGUAUGCUGCCAUGCUACAAGCUCAGCCUAAUCCUCUGAAGCUUCUGCAUCUCCAGUCUGCCCUUACCCGCAUCAAACCCUCGGCAAUGCGAGAAGUGCUCAUCGAGUGUCCCAACGUUCAGUGGUCCGAUAUUGGCGGUCAAUCCGAGCUUCGACUGGCAAUGCAGCAGGCCAUCGAAUGGCCGCUGCUUCAUGCAGAAAAGUUCAAACGACUGGGGAUCAAGCCUCCAAGGGGAAUCCUCAUGUUCGGACCGCCUGGCUGCUCCAAAACAAUGAUUGCCAAAGCUCUGGCCACGGAAAGCAAGCUAAACUUCUUGUCCAUCAAGGGACCCGAGCUCUUCUCCAUGUGGGUGGGUGAAUCGGAGCGAGCGGUGCGUGAAGUGUUCCGAAAGGCUCGACAGGUGGCACCCGCCAUAGUUUUCUUUGACGAAAUCGAUGCCAUCGGCGGAGAGCGAGCGGAGGGCGAAGGAUCCAGCUCCGGUUCCUCCGUCAAGGAACGCGUUCUAACCCAACUGCUCACCGAACUGGAUGGAGUCGAAGCUUUGCAUAAUGUCACCAUUGUAGCGGCCACCAAUCGUCCAGAUAUGAUUGAUAAGGCUCUGCUUCGUCCGGGCAGAAUCGAUCGUAUUCUCUACGUGGGAUUGCCGAAGAGUGAAGCACGUCGGGAAAUCUUGAAGAUUAAACUGCGUGCAAUGCCUGUUUCAGAGGAAGUGGACAUGGAGAAGUUGGUGCAGAUGACGGAGGGAUACUCCGGUGCAGAAAUCCAAGCCGUGUGCCAUGAGGCUGCAAUGCGGGCCUUGGAGCAAAGCUUCGAAGCGGAGCAAGUCAUGUGGAAGGACUUCGAACAUGCUUUAAAUUCGGUGCCUCCGCGGACUAGCCCGGAACUUCUUAAACUCUAUGAAGACUAUCUUAAACGAAAGUAAAAGAAAAUCAUGACGAAAUGAUAAUUGUGUUUUGGGUUAAAUCCAACCAUCGAAACUAUUAUAACCAACUUAAAAAAUCUGGACCCAGAUUAGUUUUUUGAUUGUAUAUAUCAACGUUUUUAAAAAGCAAGUCAUAUUUUUAUAAAAAAGAAGAAUAUGUUGAGUUCCUAGAUAACUAAUCGAUGUAAAAUAGCGAUACUUUUGUUAUUACCAAUCUUAAUUAAAAUCUAAACAGCCUUAAACUCCAAAAAAUCAUUAUAAAUCAAAUCAGAUGUGAGAUAUACUGUCCCGUUCCGCAUUUAGACAGUACUGAAAAUCUAAUUUAGGGUGCACAGAUUAGGCUAAAAAGAUAAGAUGGCAAUGCAGAGUUAUCAGUAAACCCAAGUGCUGUAUUUUUACCCCUUCGAAAUCGAGAAUAGCACUCUCUUGUUUAUGAAUAUUGAGAGUCAAGGCAUUUAAACGCUGAGCGUUAAGCAAAUUUCCAAUUGGUGUGUCACUCAAUUGACAAUAAAUCUAUAUGGAACAACCACUUCAA